AUUUGCCCUGCUCAUACCGGUGUAUCUCUCCUCUGGAUGCUCUGUCCGACGGCUCUGAUGGCUUCGAUACGCAUGUUGCGCGGGACGAGAGAAAUGGUACUGGUUCGAGACGAAUUGACUAGAUGAACCACACGACGCCCACGGGCAUUCGGCUUGCAUGACAGAGAAACAAGGACACUGCGAAUCCUUCACCAGACUCUCGUUCCCUCCAUCCCCGAAGCCCUCGAGCCACGACGACUGCGAGCAUCUAGAGCACGAGAUACAACGAGCGAGAAAUCCCCGCCGACCACAAACUAACAUUCCCUCCCAGGUCAACAUCCCAAAGACCAGACGCACCUACUGCAAGGGUAAGGAGUGCAAGAAGCACACCCAGCACAAGGUUACCCAAUACAAGGCAGGAAAGGCCUCGCUCUUCGCACAGGGAAAGCGUCGUUACGACAGGAAGCAGUCCGGUUACGGAGGACAGACCAAGCCCGUUUUCCACAAGAAGGCUAAGACCACUAAGAAGGUUGUGCUUCGUCUCGAGUGCACGAGCUGCAAGACCAAGGCGCAAUUGUCGUUGAAGCGCUGCAAGCACUUCGAGCUGGGUGGUGACAAGAAGACUAAGGGCCAGGCUUUGGUGUUCUAA